AUGUUAUAUUCUUAUUGGCUCCUCUAUAUAACAAUAGCAAAGACGCUUUCAUGUUUCAAUUUUAAUAAUGCAUUAGAACAGACUAACUAUUUAGUUUUAAAAAAUGCAUAUAUAGAUUGCAAAAACUAUAAUGUUAUAGACAAGAAAAAUGAAGAAUACACCAUAAAACAAGGAGAAUUGUAUUGUGAUGAAGACCCUUUUUGUAAUUAUUUUUUAUAUAAUCAGAAGAAAAAAGAAAUUCGACUAUGCUACGAUAAGAAAAUUAAUUUAAAACAGCCUAAAUAUGAUGAUACAUGGGUAACAAGUAUAAAGGGAAAUGUUUUUGAAAAUUUUUCUCCAUCACUUAUCAAUUCACAAGGAAUUUGUAGUAAUCAAGUUGACAAAAUAUUUUUCAAUUCAUUAAAUGAAGCAAUCCAAAAAGGAAAGGAAAAUAACAAAAAAUUUUUGAUAUUAAACUUUCAGUCCAAAAAUAGUGAAGAUAAUAUAGAGGGCUAUUUUUGUGAGAGCAUAGAUUAUUUUAUUAAUAGAGAAGGCUAUGUAGUUUUUGAUUUUAUCAAAAGGGAACAACCUCAUCAAUCAUGUUUAAAAAGUAAAAAAUGUGGAUUAAGAGGAUCAGUACAAUCAGAUGAUAGUAAAUAUGAAGAAAAUAUAAACCCCGGUGAUGUUGUUGUUGCCCACAAAUUUUAG